ACAUGCUGGACCGCAGCUAUCUUUAGAUAGAGGCAUUUAUAUGGCUUAGUCUGCAGUUCCUUCACUAGCCGGGCAGAUACAGGGAGAUAGUGAUCACCUCGGCAUAGCCAGAGGGUGCCCCGGCGUCUUCUGUGCUCCUCGCCGAUGGGCUAGGAGGGAGAACAAGUCUGUGGCAAGGAGGAGUGACCCCUCCCCACCCCCACCCCACGAACCAUGCAGUCCCCUCUUGCGGAAAGGGUCCGGAUCCAGGUAGAAGAGGAGUUCUUCUCCGUGGACAAGGCUCUUCUGGUGGAGAACAGCGAAUACUUCCGUGCCCUCUUCCAGUCCGGCAUGAAGGAGAGCACGCAGCAAGAAAUCCGGAUCAGAGACCUGAGUGCCACCGGCUUCUGCAUCAUGUUGAAGAUCCUGGAGGGAGGACACCCUGUGCUGAGCUGUGAGGAAAAUCUCCAGGCCGUGGAAUGUGCUGCCUUCUUGCAGGUGCAAGCGAUGGCCAAGUACUUGAUGAACUCCAUCAAUUCCGACAACUGCAUCAUCUUGUACCAAGCGGCAGCCGUGUUUGGCCUUCUGGACCUCUUCCACCGUGCCGCGCUGUACAUCCGGGACAGUUACGCCGAGCUCGAAGAGUACCUGGAUUGUCUCUCCCCAGACCUCUUGGAUUACAUGGAGUCCCUGGUGCCCAGCACACUGGUGGCGGUGGGAGCUCACACGCCCACCUUUGAGUUCUUGGAGGACCUCUCGCGGACCAUUUGCUACCUGGAGGAAGAGAGCAACACCUGGCGGACGCUUUCCUGCCUGCCCCUGACUGCCAGCACCUUCCUGGCGGGCAUGGCCACCCUGGACAACAAGAUUUACAUUGUGGGCGGGGUCUAUGGCUACAACAAGCAGGUUGUGGGGCAAAGCUUUUGCUACGAUGUGAUGAGCAACAGCUGGAGCGAGUUCCCCGGCCCUCAGCAGCUCCGCUAUGACAUCACGCUGAUGGCCCACGAGAAUUAUCUGUACGCCAUUGGUGGAGAAUUUGAGAAGACCCCGCUGAAGUCUGUGGAGAAGUACAAUCUAUCCACCAGUUCGUGGAGCUUCACCUCCGAUCUGCCUCAGGCGGCAGCGGCGGCACCUUGCGCUCAAGCGAUGGGGCGCAUCUUUGUUUGCUUAUGGAAGCCUCUCGACACCACCAUCAUCUACGAAUAUGAGCCCCAGAAGGACCUGUGGGCUCCCGUCUCGACCCUCAACAGGCCUCAGAGUUACGGCCACUGCAUGGUGGCCCACAGAGACAAUCUCUACAUCAUGCGGAAUGGGCCUUUCGACGACUUCUUGCGGUGCGUGAUGGAUUGCUUCAACCUCACUACCAUGCAGUGGACAUCUUUGCCCGGGCAGUACAUGAACAGCAAGGGAGCCCUCUUCACAGCGGUCAUCAAGGGCGACACUGUUUAUACGGUCAACAAGAUGCUAACCCUGAUGUAUACCAUUGGGGAGAACACCUGGAAAUUCAAGAAGGAGAAGGCUGGUUUCCCUAGGAGUGGUUCUCUCCAGACCUUCCUCCUCAGGCUUCCAAGAACAGACCACAGCAUUGCAACUUAAGAUACUCAGUCUUUACCAUGUGGAUUGCUUGGAGAUUCGUGAUUGAUCGCCCACAGCUGGAUGUCCAGCUCUGCUCUUCUUUUCCAGUCCUCCUGGCGUCACGCCAACCUCACCCAGGGAUGCAACAUCACUCUGGUCCUUUGCCGCAGUCAAGGAAGCCAGAUCUCAAGAUGGCAGCUCAAGGCCAGCACCAGAAACAGCAGCAACACGUGGUGCUGCUGGGUACUGAGUCAGACCCUUGGUCCAUCAAGCUCAGUGUUGUCUGCAUCAACUGGCAGCAGCCCUCCAAGGUUCCAGGCAGGAGUCUUUCCCAGCCCUACCUGGAGAUGCUGCCAGGGAGUGAACCUGCCUAAGACCUUCCGUAUGCAAAGCACGUGCUCUGCCACUGAGCCGGCAGUGGUAAGGGAGAAGAGAUGCGGCAAUAAGCAAGGGCUGUAGUAGUGUCAGGAAGGAAUCGACUGUGGCCCUUUAAGAGCAUUGGAGGUCAGGGCUCAGUGCAGUGAGGAUAUCAGCCUGGGUGGCAGGGGAACCCGCUCCUGAGCUGCCUGCCUUGCUGAGUCUCCUCUGCUGAAGGUUAGAAAGGAUUACGUGCUCUCUAAUUCUCGACACCAAAAACCCCAGGACAUUAACAUGCACAGCUUUCAGAGGGGGGAAUGCUUCAGGCCCCCUUGCAAUCCAGAGAAAGUUAGGAUUGCUUCAGUUCCAUUAAAUUCGACAGGACUUAAAACAGAGUGAAGUAUUUAUGUCUGUUAGUCUAAAGAAAGCCUUCUUUGCCUAUGCAAUGCUCUCUGGUCUUUCCCAGUAUCUUUACCUCGGUUAGCAACCUCAGUUUCCUGUCGUGAUGUAAACAAACUGUGCAUGUGCAUGUUGGUUUUAUGUUCCCAGCAAUUCAAGUUGAGAUGGCCUAUAAAUAGCCCCUCGUUAGGGAAUUAGUGGCUUCAUAACAAACACAGUCUGACUCGGAUCCUGGGCUUCAUUUGCAGGGCUGAGCCUAUGAAGAGGGGGCGGGGGGAAACAACUUUUAUUUUUGCAAUAAACGAUUCUGAAUUCCAUCCAGAUGAGUGCAAUUUGUUUUGUUUAUGCAGCCUCUGCAUAAAAGUAAAAGGAACCAGCAAAACCAAAAGCAUACCCCUUGCAAAACUACCCCAUCCAUGUGUGUCUGUUGACAGGAUGAAGAUACAAAUCCCCCUCCUUGCUGGGAAACCCUGGGAAUGAUAGUUCCGUAAGGGGAAGGCAAGCAAUCUCUCCAGGAAUUCUCAACACCCCUGCUGAACUACAAUUCCCAGCAUUCUCUGCAGGGAACCAUGACUAUUAAACCAGCAGGAGACCACCUUCGGUUUGGAUUUAUAAUUUUUUAACCACGACUGGCCAUUUAUACAAAAAGUGCCCUGGGUAACUCAUGUCAAAUCUAUAAAGGGUCAGAGAAGAUUACAGCAAGGAAAUGUUCACCCCUUCCUUAAUUUGUUUCCCUUUCCUUCUGUCGUCUCUCUUUUGUAGGUUUCUGGAUUGUGUUCCUCCUUGGGGAAGGGAACUGCUCUCUCAUUCUCUGAAAUCGCCAUCUUUACCAAUGACCUUCACUACUUUUCAAGUGGGGGCUACUUUGGCAAGAAUCCUUCUGCGUGAAAGCCCUGCCCUUUUCUCUGUGCUGGGAGGGCCCUUUAAGAGAGAUGGAGCCCCCUCUCCUUUCCCAGCACUCCUUAGGUCUGCACCAAGAGGCUCCCUUUCCCUGAAAGGAGCCUCCCUGCAGCACUGGGCAAAGUGCAGCACUGCACGGGGGUGGGAACGAUCACCUCUGCAUGGUGCCAGGGGGAUUGUGCAGAGGACUCAGCUUUGGCCGAAGUUUUGCCCAGGCCCAAGAAACAAAGAGCCAGGGAGGUGCCCGUAGGACUGAUGGGAGCUGCCAUUCCCAGGCCUUAUAAUGAAGAACACCGAUCUAUGCAAAUGGCAACCUCAUGAUUAUGAAUUAGUCUUGCAAUUUAGAACAUUGCUUUCCACCCCCCCAGUACAAGAACACCCAUAUCAAUGGCUGAACAUAAGCCAUUUGUCCAUGAAAAACAGGGCAUAUCAAUUGCCGACCAAACCACAAAGGAUGUCUGUUUUCUUCUGUAACGUUCGGCUGAAUAUCAUACUUGUUAUCCCUUCUUCCUUUUAUAUGAGAUGCAAAUACCUUUUAUUUGGCUGAAGCACACAGCCUAGGACCAGAUAUCAAAUAGCCCCGUCUCAAGAAAAUACAGUAAACUCAUUCAUGGGCAGGGUGUGUGUGGCGAAUUCCUUCUGCAAUUCUGGAAAUACCCCUGGUUUCUUAUUUUGAAUAAAGAGUUUGUGUGUCUGG